AUGGUCGCGAGGAUAUCGUUAUCAGAAUGCCGAUACGCGAUCGUGUGGUUGCUGUCAGUCGUGUCGCUGCGAUGCCAGGGUACGACUCACGAAAACGCGGAGGGAGAGGGAAACAUGGAGGACGCCGUCCUGGACGAGACGACCGAGGAUUACUGGACCGGAAGUGGAUCCGGUCCCGAGGAGGACGACUCUCUCCACAACGAAACCAGAGAAGCAUUGACGCACGAAGCCAGCGAUCACGAUGCCGUGGUGUACGUUGGCGAGGGUGCAGCUUACGUUCCGGUUCCGUCGCUAAAGGGACGACCUCUCAGUCCAAAUUUACAAGCCCUUCAGACGCUGCAGGGUCUCCAGGGAAUACCUGGAGGAGGUGGGACUGGCGUGGUGGGCGAUGAUGACUGGAAAAGGCACCCAGAAACCUGGGAUCGUGAGCACAGGAGAUAUCGACCUAACACAACGCGGGUUCAACAUAUCGAGGCGGAGUGCCAGGACGACUACAUGAAAAUCAGGAUCGGCUUCAAUGGUUCAUUCGCAGGGCUGCUGUACUCGGCAGGCUACUCCUACGAUCCGGAUUGCAUGUACGUGAAUGGGACGGGCCGCGAUUACUACGAGUUCUACAUCCAGCUGAAUCGGUGCGGCACCCUCGGCGAGAACACUCAUCAUCAGGACAGCAGAAAGAAUCCUACGAAAAACCUGAUGUGGAACACCGUCACGGUGCAGUACAACCCGUUGAUAGAAGAGGAGUUCGACGAACACUUCAAAGUGACUUGCGAAUACGGAUACGACUUCUGGAAGACUGUCACCUUUCCGUUCCUAGACGUUGAAGUGGCGACGGGAAAUCCCGUAGUGUUCACCCUGCAGCCGCCUGAGUGCUACAUGGAAAUCAGAUACGGUUACGGGACCACUGGAACUAGAGUGGCUGGACCAGUUCGCGUCGGUGAUCCUCUGACUCUCAUUAUCUACAUGCGCAGCAAAUACGAUGGAUUCGACAUCGUCGUGAACGAUUGCUACGCGCACAACGGCGGGAACAAACGUAUCCAGCUGAUCGAUCAGUACGGUUGCCCCGUGGAUGAUAAAUUGAUCAGCAGAUUCCGCGGAUCCUGGUCCGAGAGCGGCCUCUUUGAGACUCAAGUGUUUGCCUAUAUGAAGACGUUCAGGUUCACCGGCUCCCCGGCCUUGUACAUCGAAUGCGACGUCAGGAUGUGCCACGGGCGAUGUCCAAGCCAGCCGUGCCACUGGAGGAAUGCCAAAAACGUGGCGAAGCGUUCGCUGCCAGAAAUUGACGGGUCGUCGACACCAGCGAGCAGUUUGUCGGAAAACGUGAACCUUUUCCAGUCGUUGCGCGUGCUCCAGGAGGGCGAGGCCGAUACGGAAUUUUUCCAAAAUUCGACCACAGCUUCGCGAAGCGGACCCAGCGAACUGACGAACGACAGAGUCUGUUUGAGGUCAACGGUUCUCAGCACAAUGAUAGGGAUUGGUUGCGGUUUCCUGUGCAUAAUGGCAGGCACGAUAUUGGCCAUGUGUUCGCGAAUGCGACGACAGGCUAGGGAGAAGCUAUUGUCCGACAGCAUAAGCUACAUGACCCACAAGGGUAGAAUCAACUAGACGCGGCCUCCUCGAAUGCGCAAGCAAGUCUCUUUGUUCUAGGCAUGUCCACUGGGUGGAGCCCUUCGCGUGGCUCGUUCCCCUCCCACACGCCGCC